UUGAACACGUCGCUCGCCAGUCGCGUUUUAUUUCGGUUCGAAUCGUCUUGGCCAACUGCGCGAGUGAGUUUUCCAGCCAGAGAUGAGGAAAUCGUCGGGAGGAUUUCAGGCCCCGCCCACUGAAAAUGGCGCGGAGAACGACUUGGGCUCCUCCGUUCGCCUGCUGAGGAUCCCGCGGGCUGCUCCUGCCAUGGAGAAUUACGGUUUCCAGCUGACCCGCAGCAAGUGGGACCCCUAUCCAUGGGUAUGCGAAGUGGCUGCCGGCACACCUGCCGCACUCUGCGGCCUUAAACCCGGCGAUUGUGUUCUGGAGGUUAAUGGCCACGAUGUUUUGGGUCUUAGAGUUGCUGAAAUUGCCAAAAUGGUCAAAAGCCAAAAGGAUUGCGUCACAAUUCUCUGCUGGAACAGUGAGUGUGAUAAGGACUGUGAUAAUAAUAGCAUCUGCUGCGCCCCCAUGCCCACGAGUCUGCGACGCCUGUCGCUCGUCCUGGAGAGCAUCCUGCGCCUCGUCGAGUGUCCUGUCUGCGGGGUGACCAUCUCCCCGCCGGCGAUGCAGUGCCAAAAUGGACACCUGCUCUGCGUGGACUGUCGCAUCCGCUCCGAGCGUUGUCCUGUCUGCCGGGACUUCUACACGCCCCGCCGGGCUCUGUUGGCGGAGCAGAUUUUCCUGACCAUCGCCAACGCCUUCGAGAUGUGCCGCUCGGAGGAUAAGCUGCGGCAGAAGCUCUUCGCCGGGAUAACACGGCCGGUGGUGCAGAGCAGGAUAACGGAUCGGCAGGAGGCGGCCACCUGGCGAAAGCGCAGACCUGUGCUGCCGACGAACAAGUUCCUAACCAAGUUGCUGGAGGGCUGUGCCUACUCUACGGACAACCUCUCCCCCUCGAAUGCCGCCACCCUGCUGCGAAGCAGUGUCACACUGGAUGACUCCAGCGAAAUCCCGGCGAGGACAUCGCCAGUGACAGAGGCUGCCACGCCCCCUCAAAGGACAACAAUGCAUGCCAUGCAUGACGCGAAUGCGGAGCAUCCUUCACUCUCGACGAAUGAUUUACAGCAGGAAGGAGUUAAGCCGAAUGCCGGGGGCGGUGACGAGAACAAGGAUGAGGAUGAGGAAUCGAGAACGGACAGCAGCCACAGCUCCGCCGCAUCCUGGCAUCCUCCUUCUACAGCCUCCAUCAAUGAAUCUUCCGGGCUGCAGCCCAUUCGCAUACCUCCUGUCACUCCCAGCGUAGAUUUGCCCCAGCAGGUUGUCCAAACUAAGCCGGCCUCGCUGAUGUACCGCUGCUGUCCCUGCGAGCUACAGGAUCCACGGGAUCCUGCAAAGGACCUCCAUCAGAACUGCUGCUACAAAUCCGCUUUCCGUUUGCUUUGAGCUCCGCUCCAGCGUCUCCCAAUCAACAGCAUCCUCUUAUCAGCCGGCUCGCUUGUGCCCCUGCCUCCUGUUUUCCUUACUAAUUAAAUUAAACGCCAGUUUGCUUGGCCAAAGUUGCUUAUCGCGCAAAGAAAUGAACCCGGCAAAGGAAUUGAAUGGCUGACGGGUCGGGCACAAAAGGCCCGAGUUGAAGAUGCAAAGAAGUUUGUCCAGAGAUGCUGCUGCUGCUGCCCUCGGUGAACUGCAGCGAGGAGUUCAACUUGGCCAAGUUGAGUUCUAAUUUAAUCACUCCUGAACGCUUCACUGACUUUGUGUCAUUUGGCGUCAGAGUUGCGCUGCUCGAUAAUGAACCCCGGGGGCAGUCUGGGAAUCGGGGGGUUUCACUG